UAAACCGGGCUAAGAGCGCCCUGGGCUCGCCUCCUUCUCCAAGGCGAUCAAUAGGAUCUCAGGCGCACUCCAAGCCCUCUCUUACGUAGACACCCAACAAGGAGAGAGCCGAUACAACAACACGCUUGAUCUGCUGCAACACCCCCCCAAAAAAAUCUACCUGCUUUCUGAAUCAUGUCGUUGAGCCCAAAGCAUACAACGCCUUUUUCCGUGACAGAUAUUUUGAGCCCAAUCGAGGAGACCUACAAGAAGUUUAGUGCCAUGGACGGCGCGGGGAACCUCAGCUCUCCGCUGGGAGCCUACCGGCAGCCGCAAGUGUCUCAGGGCGGCAUGCAGCAGCACUCCAUGGGCCACAACGGCGGCGUGGCGGCCGCCUACCACAUGCCGCACUCCGUGUCCCAGUUCUCCCACAGCGCCAUGGGGGGAUAUUGCAAUGGGAGCAUUGGCAACAUGGGCGAGUUGCCGUCCUACCAGGAGAGCAUGAGGAAUAGUGCUGCUGCAGCAACAGGCUGGUACAGCACCAACGCUGAUCCCAGAUAUUCCACCAUUUCUAGAUUCAUGGGACCUUCCACAGGUAUGAACAUGGCGGCCAUGGGGGGUCUGACGGGAAUGGCGGACGCCUCCAAAUCCAUGCCGGCCCUGCACGCUGCGCCCAGGAGGAAGCGGCGGGUUCUCUUCUCGCAGGCUCAGGUCUACGAGUUGGAGAGGAGGUUCAAGCAGCAGAAGUACCUGUCGGCGCCGGAGAGGGAGCACCUGGCGAGCAUGAUCCACCUGACGCCGACCCAGGUGAAGAUCUGGUUCCAGAACCAUCGAUACAAGAUGAAGCGCCAGGCCAAGGACAAGGCGGCGCAGCAGAUGCAACAACAACAGCAGCAGCAGCAACAACAACAGCAACAGGACGGGACCAUGUGCCAACAGCAGGCCCAGUCCCCGAGGCGCGUAGCCGUACCGGUUCUGGUCAAGGACGGCAAACCGUGUCAGAACGCCUCCAACACGCCGACGCCGAACCAACAAGCCGUGCAGCAGAAUCAACAGAGCCAACAGCAGAAUGGGGCCGUGGUGGUGCUCGGCCAGCACCAGAACCAGCAGCAGGUAAACGAUUUGGACCUGGAGGAGAUGUCGCCCAGCCCCCCCUCCCUGCACAGCCAGCUCAGCAUGGCCCAAAUAGACACUUCUGCUGUAGAUUACGCCAGUAAUAUGGUCAGCUCGAACCUCCUAUACGGCAGAACGUGGUAGGACCCAGUGCAGUCACUUUUUUUUCUAUCAACCUGCGGAUGAUGAGCCCAUUCCACACACGCGUAUAGACGCAAAAUACAAUAUAUGGUUGGGAAGAAGACAAAAGUGGGGGCCGACGCCCCGGGCCACGCACACGCGAGUACCAGCUGAUCAAGGCACAUUUUCUUGACAUCUCUAAAGAAGGGAGUCUAUUUUUGAACAUUACACACAUGGCUGGCCCUUGAAAAGCAAUCAAGACGCUUGGACCCCUUUUGUAAUCUUUUGGACCUCCCUCGUGAUGUUUUAAUGUUAGUAUGU